GUUUAGUCAGUUGAGUCAGUGUUAUCGUAUAGUGAGACCGUAUUCGGUAUUUACUACGCAAAAUUAUUGUUAAAUAAGUAGUGAAUAAUAUUAACUUCAUGGAAAACGUGACAAGGGAAUCAAGUCCUAAUGAAAAUACAACCAAGUCCGUUGGAAAAAUAAUCAGAAUGUUAAACAUUUCAAAACAUAAAAUUGAACAUUGCUAGCCAGUACCAUAAAAAAAAUCUCACGAUUCUGUAAAAUGGAAUCAAAAAUGAAAAUACGUCCUUCUAGACCAAAACCCACCGUACAAGUGACCCCUCUACGUCCGAAGAAUAUCUUAUUUACACCAGAAGAGGAAAAUGAACUGACAGACUACAUUAUAGAAUUACAAAAAAUUGUAUUUAGGUUAACUAUAAACGAUGUUAUAGUUAUAGCAAAACAAUUAGCAGAAAAAUACAAUAAAAAACUUCCAAUUAGAACUAAUGCUAUUAUGGCUGAACGUCUCUGGGUUUUAGAUCUUAUGAAACGAUAUCCAAAAAUCAAUCUACAAAUACCGGACAUAAAUUCAAAAUGUGGUUGUUUUAAUAUGGCGGAAUUAGAUUAUUUCUAUAAAACACUUAGCGAAGCUUAUGAUGUGAAAAAAAUAACUCCAAACCGAAUUUACAAUACCGAUUUCAUUAAAAUAUGUAUCGGAGAAAAUAAUACCUAUAUCAUUAAUAGAACAAGAAAUAAAGAACAUUCGGUAUUCCUUUCUAAUAUAAUAACAGUAAAAGUAUGUUUUAACGCUGAAGGUAAUUAUAUGCCAUCAAUUAUAUCUCCCCAAAAGAAUAGUCCUGAUUUAACGAAAAUUAGAGAUGCUUCGAGAAUCAUCACACCCAAUAUGACUCCAACAAAUGAAUUAUUCUCACAAUGGUUUCGAAGAUUUAUAUUCUUCAGCGGGGCAAAGAAAGAACAGCAAGUAUUACUGCUAUUCGACGGCAAACCUUCGUAUACCAAGAGUAUUGAAAUAGUAAAAAUAACCAGAGAUAAUGGAGUUAACAUUGUUUCUUUCCCACCAUGUACGGAAAACAAAGUACAACCAAUAGAUGAGAUAUUUAUAAAUGAUUUAUCAAAAGCGUAUGAAAAAGUUGUAGAAACUUGGUUGGAAUUAAACCCAAAGAGUAAGUUAACGGCGAAACAAGGAGCGGAUUUGUUUGACAAAACACUAUCGGAGGAAGCCGCUGCAGUCGCCGCCAUUGAAGCAUUUAAAAGAUGUGGAAUCUAUCCUCUAAAAACAGAUUUGUUCACAGAAAGUGACUUUAUACCUGUAGUUACAAAAGUCGAGAUUAUUAAAGAAAAAACACCACCGCCAAUGAAGAAAAAUUACAAAACAUUUAGUUCAAAUAGAUAUUACGAUUUAUACUACAAUCCAAGACCUGGAUGUUCAUUUUGGCCUGAUUAAAUUUGAAUUUAAUCACAACACGAGGACGUAUUGUUAUAUUGUUCUGAAUAAAAUUCAGAUUUUAUAUUUCUCCACCAGGACACCUACUCAUUUUAAAGACUGAUACAAUAAUUAAAUAGACCGGUUCUUCUAUAUUCUAUUGUUUUUUAAUAGUUUUUCUAGUCCUACCAUAUAUGUAUAAUUAUACAACACAUUUGUAAAUUCUGGCAAUCAAAAUUAUUUAUUAGUCUUAGAAACCAUCUAAGUAAUCGGACUUUAGCCUCGCCUUUUGAUAAUUGAGUAAAAUUAUAACUAAUUCAAUGGAAUUCAAAAUGAAAAUGAAUAUACACAGUUGUUAUUGUGAUAAAAAAAAUAAUUAAAACCU